GCCUGCUCCUCAUGGCCUGGUGCACCUGUUCCACCACUCUGUGUUCAGGAACGCAGUGCAGAAAGUGGAGGAAGAGGUGCUACUGCUGAAGACUGAGAACACAUCAGCCAAGGCUGAGCAGAAGACCAGGAAAGACAGACAGCUACAGGAUCAGAUGGAUAACCUGCGAGGCAUGCUGGAGGACAUGAUGGCGUCCUCCUCCUCGCUGCUCUCCCAGAGCCUCCAGCAGGAGCCCCAGGGGUCAGAGCAGGGCCAGGGCAGUGGUCAGGCAGGCGGGCAGCAAGGCUCCACGUGCCCCUCCUGCUCUGUAGACGUGAGCAGGAAGGUCAGCCAGCUGUUCCAGCGCUAUGAGAAUCUGCAGGGCCUGGUUAGCAGAUUCAUGAAUCAGCAGGGAGGAGGCAGACCUGGAGCAGAGAGCUCAGAGCUGAUGAAUGACGUUCAGGGAGCCAUCAUGCAGCUGCAGGCUGAGUGUGAGAAGCUCCACGGCACAGCCAACCACCUGAUUGAGGAGCACGUCCAGAAACAGGUCCACAUCGACCAUCUGUACAAGUCCAUGGAAGAACUGGACGAGAAGAAAGCUGACAAAGAGCUUGUGGAGAUGGAGAUUGAAAUCAAAGCAGACAAGCGUGCCCUGGAGACCAAGGUGAGCCGCAUGCAGUUUGACUCCAUGACAGAGGAGCUCAACACCAUGUUCCAGGAGCUGCUCAGCAAGAUCACCGGCCAGGAGCAGGACUGGCACAAAAUCAUUGACAAAAUCUCCACCGAGAUGGAGUGCAAGUACAUUUGUUGUCUAUCUGUGUAUCUGGACCGGAUUGAGCUGGAUCCUGUGAAGAAGCAGCUGGAGGACCGCUGGAAGAGCAUCCGUAAGCAGCUGCAGGCCCAGCCUGCCCCGAAGGAGGACGACGCUGCAGGCAUCAGGAAACAACUAGUGGCAAGGUUCCACUGCAUCUCCUGCGACCGCCCAGUCGAUAUGCUUACCCCAGGACCACACUUGGUCACCCUGCCCUCCACUCCUGGCCUACCCUCCCACAAGUCCAACCGACCGUACACCAUCUAUGAGCUUGAGCAGGUUCGCCAGCACUGCAGAAGCGAGCGCAUCCCUGAGAUGGCGGACUACAGUUACCUGGCCAUGUCCCAGAGCUGUGGAGGCAGCCACACCGUGACCUACCCCAACUGCCGCUACACCCGCCUGCAGCACUUCAGCCACUUCAUCCAGGCUGAGGAGGAGACACCGCCCAUCUCCAGCUCCCCACUGCGCAUUCAGGUGAGUGAGACCAACCUCACCUACUGUGGGUUACUGUACUGACAGACAACUAGACCACUG